UUUUCAAGAACAGACUUUGUUGUAGCACCAUAUUCUGUUAUAUUUAUUUGGUAUUAUCUUUCUUUUAUAAUGUCAUUUACAUCAUAUUUGAUUGUUAUGAAUACAUUAUAGUGCUUUGGAUGGUAGAAAAAUCUGUUGUUGACCUCAAAAUAAGACACCGAUCAUGGCUGUGGGGACCUGCUGUAUAAGUGUUUGGGAAUUUAACACUAAGACACGAUUAUUGUCCGUCUGAUGAUUUAAAAUGGUGUAGCUUUUCACAUGUCAUAUUGUUACACAUUCAAAUAUAAUUGUAAACAUAGUUUAAUAAUGCUUUAAAGACAGAGAAAUGCACGUUUCUGCAGACAGACCCAGCUAUUAAUAUCUUUGUACAACAUUUGAACCACAUUAAUGUAUUUUAAUGGGAAUCCGACAGCUUUUAAUGAGUCUAUAUGGAACUGCAGAUGCUUUACAGUGUACAAGAUAUUUAAUGUUACUGAUAUGAUGUGUUCGGGGCAAAUGUUCCUUUAAAGUUUCCUUCUCGGUGAAUUGCGUCACGAUGACAACAGCGGCCGCCGCUUCUGCUUCAUGCGGACAUCUCUUCACUGUAUGAGUAGCCUACAGCGUGUUCAUAAUACAAUAAACAUAUAUGAAAUAAAAAAGCACUGUCCACCAAAUAAAACUCAUCCUUAAAGGUUGUGAUACUGCGCGUUCAACACAACCGUUUCAUUCAUUCUCUGUUCUCUGUCGAGAUUUAUGCAGCGGUUACAUCCUCACACCGGCAUUAUAGCGAGCGCCCACAUCGGGUAGUAAGAAAAUAAACUGUCAGGAGCUGAAAUGGAGUUUGUGGUGCGGGUUUUGCUGUACAUUACCUGCCUCUGUUUUCAAGAUUUAAGCAGCAGAUGAGUUUUACACUUCACACCGACAUUAAAUAACACGCGGUUAGAGGAGAAACUAACUAACAGCCAGGAGCUGAAAUGGAGUUUGUGGUGCGGGUUUUGCUGUUCUUUACCUGCUUCUGUUUUCAAGAUUUUGUUUUUUGUGAGGACUAUGCAGAAAUGGGAGGCCGGAUCACGUUUACUCCCAGCAUUCGUGGAAAGCCUGUAGAAAUCCUGUGGAAACACAAUGGAGAUAAGGUUGUGGAGUAUGACAACAGGGAGACGGAGGAAUUCGGAUCAUUCAAAGACCGGGUGGUGAUUGAUUUCGAAACAGGACAGCUCACAAUAAAGAAACUGACCAGUCAAGACAGCGGACAAUACCAGUCUGACAUCACGAUCAACGGGAAAGUCCAGAGCUCCAGACAUACUUUAACUGUUCUGGAUGUUCUUCCAGAUCCUCGAGUGACCUGUGCAGUGAACAAGACCUCAAAUCUUCAAGAGCUGUUGUGUUCAGUGGACUACAAGACUCAGCUGCAGUAUAAGUGGAGCGGGCCGAAUGUGAUCGAUCAUCCGGGAGUAAAACUGACCAUCAGCGAGCAGCAGAAAAACAGCGACUCCGUCUACUCCUGCACUGUGAAGAAUGAAGUCAGCAGCAAAACAACAGACUUCAAUCUGCAGCACUGCGUCACAGGAGCAGCAGCGAGGCUUGAAGUGAUUAUUCCAGUCUUAAUAGUAAUACUUUUCAUUUUCCUCAUAAUACUGGCGAUAAUCAUCUACAUGAAGAAAAAGUCAAAGGAGUCUGAACAGGAGAAAAUGGACCCUGAGAAUGCUCUCAGUCAAACAUCACUUUUGUCUCAAAAUGAAAGGCCGGAUGAGGAGAACAGAUCAGACAGUCCAGGUGUAAAUGAGGAAGAAAAACUUCUGAAUCCCAGUGGAAAUGAGGGAGAGCAGUGCAAUUAUGUGAACAGUCCGCAUACAUUUGUAGCAGUAGGAAAUGCCAGCAGUCAACCUAAUGUAACUCUGAACCGAAAACCCCUAGAAGACCAAGAUAAAGUGAAGGAUGGACAAAGAGAGAAACCGGAAGAACAAAAGACUGAUAAUGCUAAGAAUAAUGAGAAAAAUGACAAAGUAGCAGGAAAGGAAAAGGAGAAGAAAAAGGAGCAACAAAACACAGCAGAUGCCCUUCCAGCCGUAACCCAGCCCUGGGAAACAACCAUACACACUCAUUCACAAGCUGAAAAAAAUUACAAACUACCAGGAGAGAAAAACAAAGAGAAAAACAAAGAGGAAAAUGGGCAACCAAACACAGAAUUACCUGAAAAUACACACCAAGAUUUAAACAGGCAAAAAACAUCUCCAGCGCAGUCAGAUCAGUGCCGUCAAAAUCACGAAGAGGAAAAGAAGCCAGAAAAGAGGAAUGAAAGUGGAGAAACGUCAGAUCAGCAGCAGAAUGAGGGUGAAGUCACAGCCACAAAUGAGGAUGAACAGACCACAGGAGCAAACACACAGGAGAAAGACCAUAAGGAGACGAAGGAAUCACACACAGAGGGUUCGAGUCCACAGUCUGAUGAGAUGAAGAAAGUCAAAGAGGACACAAAAACUAGAGGAACACGAGACACAAUGGAGAACAAACAAAAUGCAAAUGAACAAAAAGAACUGGACCCGCAGAAAGCUGAAGAUGAAAAGAAAAUACUGGAGGAAAACCACGAGGAAAACACAGAGCGUUCGAGUCUACAGCCUGCUGUGACUGAAGAAAACAAAGAGGACACAAAAACUAGAGGAACACAAGACACAGUGGAGAACAACCAAAAUGCAAAUGAACAAAAAGAACUGGACCCGGAGAAAGACAAUAUGGCCCAUCAGACAGCUGAAGAUGAAAAGACAAAACAGGAGGAAAACCACGUGGAAAACACAGAUUCAGCAUCAGAGAAACAGACGAUACAAAACAACAGUGAUGCAUUGUCCAGUCAGAAUGAGCACAGUGCUGAUACUGAGAAGAAGAGUGUGAAACCUGACAACAACAAAGACAAUAAUGAAGCAAAAGCUGAUCAUAAUGAUGACGAUGUAGAGAGUCCACGAAAGGAAGAAACUACUGGAGAGAAAUCUGAAAAUUACGAUGAUAAUAAUGGAGAGGGAGAUGAGAGCAGCGAGUCAAAACAAGACAUGAAGGAGAGCAAUAAUCCUCCAGAUGCAGGGAUUGGUGAACUUUUACAAGACGAUCAAGGAAAGAACCCUGAUCAUGAGCAGAAAAUAGAUGACCGGUCUGUGCCAAAAGAUGAACAGCACGAUAUACAGAGCGACAACUUUCAAAACCAAGAACACCAGAACAAACAGAACUCUACAGAAAGAGAGAAUAAACCUCAACAUGAGAUCAGCCCUGAGGGAAACGAAACAGACAGAAAAAAUAGUGAACUUGAGGAGGAAGAGAGGCAACGUCUUCAAAAAUAAAACUGAAGCCUCCAAUAAUGCUGUCUAGAGGAAAACAUUCAACUCUUCCAUUGUUUUUCAGUGUAAACGCUUACUUUUGACGGAUGUGUGUGAUCAUUACACUCACACUUUUCAGCGCCACCUUAUUAAAUUAUUUAUUAAAUUAUUUAAAUCAUCUCUAAUUUUGCGAGCAUCAAUAGACACUGAUGAUGGUGAUGCACUUAAUGGUCAUCAGCAUCUUACAUCCUCAAAGGUUUUUAAUAUUUAGAUGUUUUUAAUGUGUGCACGUUUAUAAAGUUUUACUUUAUCAUCUAAUUACAAAAAAAAAAAAAA